AUGGUCCAUCGGUGGGUAUAUGCUGCUCAAGCAUGGCUUUCUGGGCCACUAGAAAAAGACCGACUGAGUGUUUCCGCGCUGCAAAUCGACUGCCUCACAAUCCUAGCUCGGCAACUUUUCUCGAUCGGCGCUGAUCUUGUGUGGACCUCCAUGGGAUCUCUCGUUCACAAAGCCAUGCAAAUAAACCUACACCGAGAUCCCAAGCAUCUCUCUGGGAUAUCUGUGCUGCAGGCCGAAAUUCGAAGGAGGCUAUGGGCUACAAUUAUUGAAAUGACGGCGCAGUCGUCUUUGGAUUCGGCCAUGCCAGCCAGCAUCCCCGAGUCUGACACGGAGGCCCCUUCGAACAUCAACGACGAUGAGAUUGAUGAAACUACCACGGUAGUCCAGCCUCAUCCCAAAGGCACUCACACCGAUACCUCAUUCCAAGUCUUACUACUUGACUCAUUGCCAGUCCGCCUUCGUAUACUUCAUCUCCUUACCAGUUUAAACACAAAAAUUUCUUAUCUGGAUGUCCUUGCCUUAAGUUCAGAACUCAACAAUGCGUCUCGCGCAUACCACAGUUUCAUGAAGGAGAACCAAAGUUCCAAGAUCACGCCAUUUCACCGAAACUUACUUGACUACCUUGUGCGUCGAUUCAUGAUACCUCUGCAUUGUCACUUUACAAACAAGGCCCGCACAAACCCAUUAUUUGCCUUCUCGUUGAAGGUCAGCCUAGAAACGGCCAUGACUAUCAUGUCACCUGAACUAGAUGAAGGCUUCUUCGAGCUAAUGGUCAAUGGUGGAGGGCUAUUCAGAGAGGGUAUAUGGUGCGCGAUGACUGUCAUUGCCAUUGAGCUCUUAGCCCAGCUCGAAGCCCAAUACAUUAACGGAACGUUGCACCGUAACUCCGGUUAUAUUAUGUUUCUCAAGCGGUCUGUCAAUGACAUGAUUAGUCUCUCUUCUGAGAGGAUUCGCCACGGAGAGACAAAUAUCAAGGGUCAUAUGUUCCUUAGCAUGAUCUUGGCAAAGGUCGGAGCGGUGCAAACGGGUACCGAUUGCGAAUUAGCCAUCGCACAGAGUGCGAAAGACAGCCUCGAAUUCUGCCAUGGGCUUUUAUUAGCUCGGGCAAACUCUUCGUCUUUGGGACUACCCAACAAUGCUGGAAUUACGUCUGGGUCAAGUCUUGAUGAUGGGUCCGAAGGUCCUGAUUUGGGAUAUGAGUUGGACUUGGACUGGGACUUUCUCUUGCCAGAUGCUGGGUUUCCUUGA